GGGAGGAGGAAGGGAGGAGUUCUGUUUCCAUGGAGACGCGUCAUCACGCACACGUAAUGACCUUUCACUCUGAUUAAAUACUGUAUAUAUCGUCGUAAUCGUAACGCAUUGGAUAAAAGUGUCUGCUAGAUUCGUAAAUAUAAUGUAAUGUGUAUUUUAGUUAGUCUGCAGCAGCAUGUGGAGAUUGUCUGGUUACAUUACUGGUGGACUUAGUUAUGGCAUCGUUUAGAGAUCGACGAUUAAAAGGCGCUUCUCAAACGUCAAACAUGAAUGAAGAGAUUUCAAUUAAAAGAGGCUUUCAUGUGCCACCAUUGACUGGUCCCACAAUGAAAGAGAGUAAAACAAAGAGGAAAGAUACAAAUAAGAAGAAAAAGAAAUUGAGUAAUGGAGCAAAUCCAUCCAAGAAUUCAGAGAAACUACAGAUGGAACAGUGGACCAACGGAGAGAUGAGUGAUGCUCAGAGCAAAGGUCUUGUCAAAGCCAAAGAACUGAAGAAAUUCAAAUCCAAAAAUCUCAAGAUCGUAUCACAAGUAGCUCCGGUUCCAACGGAGGAGGAGAAGUCUGACUUGACCCAUCAGGAACAGGAUAGCUUGAGGUGGGAAGGAGUUCUGGAUGAUCCCGUUGCAGAGGCCCAACGCCUGGAGGUCUAUAGAGCCAACCGCCGUAAGCGAUAUUUAGCAUCAAAACAGGCCUUUCUACAAAACAAUCAGACUGGUUUAUGUAUAGACUCAAAUUCCUCAAAACUAAAUACACAAAACAAGCCAGGAGGUGGCAUGGAGUUUUAA